AGAGAGAGAGAGAGAGAGAGAGAGAGAGGGGUUCGGGUUGUGUCCUUCGGUCAAAGAGCCUUCUCGCGUCCGUGAUAUCCGAUCGGGGGAAGUCUCCAGACCUCCAAAGUUUCGCCCUCGAUUUUCAGAAAACACGGGAUUUUUGCGGCCUUCGAGGAAUUCUAAUCCGAAUCUCAUUCUUGAUGCCGGUAGCUCGUCGGUUUUGGGCAAUGGGGGAUUGGGUCGAUGAGAUGACGGUGUAAAGCGUUGUAGAUUUUUGAUCGGAGAAGGCGAUUAGAGGAUUUUGGAGAGAGGAGCCAUGGCGUGCCGAGGGUGCUUCGAGUGCCUGUUGAAGCUUCUCAACUUCGUGCUGACGGUCGCCGGAUUGGCCAUGGUGGGUUACGGGGUCUACUUGCUGGUGGAAUGGAACAAGGUCUCUGCUGGGGGUGGAGAGGACCCGAUAUCCCCUGAUAGCGAUAAUCCGGCGAUGUUGACGCUCGGAAGGCCCAUGCUUCUCGUCGUGCCCGUCUCCACGAGCUUUGUCGAUCAGCUGCCGAAGGCUUGGUUUAUUUACUUAUUCAUUGGUAUUGGAGUCAUACUCUUCAUUAUAUCUUGCUGUGGAUGUGUUGGUGCAACAACGAGGAAUGGAUGUUGCCUCUCUUGGUAUUCUUUCUUGGUAAUAUUGUUGAUCCUAGUAGAGCUGGCAGCUGCGGCUUUCAUCUUCUUUGAUCACAGUUGGAAGGAUGCAAUUCCAGCUGACAAAACUGGGGACUUUGACAUGAUUUAUAACUUCUUAAAGGAGAACUGGAAGAUUGCAAAAUGGGUUGCCCUAGGAGCUGUUAUCUUGGAGGCAUUGGCAUUCUUGCUAGCUCUCAUGAUACGGGCAGUAAACCAACCUGCAGACUAUGAUAGUGAUGACGAGUACAUUGCUCCAAAAUCUGCUAUCCAUCAACCACUGAUCAACAGGCAGGGUCUCCCACCAUCCGGGGUGCCUAGUCUCGACCACCGUCCAAGCCGGAACGAUGCCUGGAGUCAAAGGAUGAGGGAAAAGUAUGGUCUUGAUACAUCGGAGUUCACCUACAACCCAUCAGAUCCUAGCAGGUUUCAACAGGCAACAGUAACUUCAGCAGAAGAAAGCGGCCGCUGUACCAUACUUUGAAAGUUCACUGUUUAUUGGGUGGGUUUUCAUGUAAAACUAAGUUUGUCAGCCACUGCAUGUACAACUUGAGGUUUUUGGGAAUGGUAUUUUCCAGCUUGAUGCGGUAGAGGGACUGCUAUCUGCUGUCUAAUUCUAAACGAUCAGCUCAUGUCGUCAGCAAAAAUGCCAUUGUCCUUGCAGAAGUUGGAACCUCUUUUCUUUUUGCUUAUUCAAAUGUCACCAGAAGAAAACAUGAUCCAAGAGUACCCAUACUACCUUUUUGCUUAUUCACUCGUGUCUGACAUUAAUAUCGGCUUCUCCCACAGUUCCCAUACUACCUAUGGAAGACUACCAGAAAACAAAGGUGCCAUGAAAGAACUUCCUUUUUCUCUAGGUUACUGUCACCAGACGAAAACAUGAUCCAUGAGUACGGCCAUUGAAGCAUUUAAGCUCAAUAAGCAACACAAGCAUCAGUAUUCAGGAUGUCCUGCACUUGGGGACAAGCUUCGGUCCUGGUUUCUCAGAGAAAUGUAACACUGUCUUGACUUGGAUAACAUGGUUUAUCUCUUUCAUGGUUUUCUGAAGGUUAUAUAUAUAUACAUAUAUAUAAUGGUUAUUAAACUA